UAUCGCGCAUGAAAACCCUUGAGACGUAGAACAGUUUUUGUGUUUUCCAGGUCGUUCAGACACAAACCACGACAGACAUGAAUUACGCCUUUCAUAAUUUAGGCGUGUACAAUGAUGAUGUAAUUGAUGUUAAACAAUUUCUUUACAGAUAUUCAUGAUGAUCUUCUCUGGCUAUGUAAGAGUACUGACCAGCACAGCUAUAACGACAAUCGCAAGAACAAAGAAGAAUCCAAUACAUAAAGUAAGUACACCAAGUUGUCUUGCGUGUUGAGAUGCCUGGUUCGCCUUUCUUAUGUCACCUUUCUUGAUAAACUGUUUCACCUAGAAAUUAACACAGAAAUGUCAGAACAUACUUUAACACUAACACCUUCUUAAAUUAAUUAUAACCACCACUAUCAUCUCCAUCAUCACCACUAUCAUUCAUCACCACCAUCAUUCAUCAUCAUCAUCAUCAACGGUCCACCAUCAUAAAUAUGAUCACUGUACGGUCCACCAUCAUAAAUAUAUCACCACCAUAAUCCUCUUCACCAUCAUCACUACCACCAUCAUCACCACCAUCAUUCAUCUUCAUCACCCUUACCACCAUAUUCAAGAUGACCACCAUCGUCACUACCACCAUCAUCAUCACCAUUAAUACCAUCAACAGAAUUCCCAGACUCUGCACUGACUGGCAUAUCCAUCAAACCUAUGUACACUCACCGAGUAAGAUUUGUAGACCGCGAAUAAUCCAAUCAUAGGACAAAAUAAACACGUGAACAAAGUGAGAGGCAAAAAUGUCCGAGGAAGGACAGAGUCUGAAGGAUGAGCAUUACCAACAGCGUGUGCUGAACUUGCCGUAGAGGUCGAUCUCGAGUCGUUUUUGAAUACGUCAUCAGCUGACGAUCCUGGUGGCUAGAUGGAAAUAAAUGGAUCGUUAAGCCCUGGAAAAUAUAGAAACAUUGUUCCCUAGCAGAACAUGGGCAAACCAGGAAACAUUAGCGACCUUAAGCAAACAGGACGGCAACGCGACGACGACGGCUAUUCACACAAUGAUAUUCCUGAUCUCGUACAAAAGAAAUGAAUAAUUAAAAGCCCCACGGGAGUUAGAGACGUUGUGUUAGGGCUUUUACAACGGAAAACCAGAGAUUUUCACGUCUCGUGUACAACGCAAACAUGUCAAGACGCGACAAGUGAAACUACAAAUUUCCUCAGCAGAACCGUUUUUAACCAUAAAGCCUUUGUUUUAAUCUGAACUCAAUUCAUAUAUACAUGCAGUGGAUAAUACACAAGUAACACAACAACUCUUCUUCGCAAUAAUUUAUUUGAAGAAGUUUGUUUUGGUUGUCGUCGUUGCGUUGCCGUCGUACAUGCUUAAGGUCCAUACUGUCACCGCCACAGACACUUGGACGGGAAGCAAAAUUGUUGGACAACAACCUUGUUUCUUCUGUAUAAUACAAGAACGAAGUGCAGUUUCUCAGGUAGAUGCACUUAGUUUAAUUAACGUGUGUCCUCAACACUCCUGUUUCUGAGGGAUGCUGUGGACAACAUGAGCCUGUCUGCUCCUUGGAGUCCUCAAAAUAAAUGUGGCCAUAUUACAAUAUAAACCGAAGCUAUCAUACAUACCAUCAUGACGACAGUCUCAGCCCCAGCUUGAAAAUAUGCUUUGGGCUGAAUAGUGAUUUCUGAACUAAACCGAGUCCUUCUUACACUGUCUUUAGUUUUAGUACCACUCUCAGUAUUCUCUACGUUAUUAUUUCCAUCAUCUGCAACAACUUCAGCACAAUGAUUCCCAUUGUUUGCUGUUUCCUCUGUUUUGGUAUCAAUGUUUUCCUCUUCUUUGUCAUUUGCUAUUUCUUCUGUCGUAUUCUGUGUCUUUUCUGAAUCGUCUUUUUCAUUUGAGUUCAUUUCUGAACUAGUUUGAACAUUUGUAUCAUUCCCACCAUUCCCAACAGCAUCUUUGUCAUUAUUCUCCGUCGUUUUGUUCUCACCUUGAAAGGUAAUAAAAUGCAGUAAAACACUAAAAAUCAGAACUUGGCGGUUUAUAGCUAGGGUUUACCAAGCGUUAUUGUGUAGCAGUAAUCGGAAUUCGGAAUGAGAAAAUGGUAUAAGUGAUCUGUACCAGCUUUUAGCAACUAUCGGUUAACCUAUCGUGAACUAGUAUCCCUACACUGUAAAUUCGAAAGGGUCAAAGCGAUCCCAAAAGGGUCGUUCUUGGCGAUCAACGACUCUUGUGGGGUUGUUUUGGGGGUUAAAUUUACAUUGUGGAUAGUUAAACUAGUACAGGAACUAGGAAUAAAAGAUAGCGAGAAGAGUCUGCCUCGUCACAGAAUUUGAGCUGGGAAUUAAACACAAGUCAUGAUUAAUACCAUCGUUAGGUGAUGUUUCCCCCUCUCUCUUGUUUUCUCGAAGUUCAACUCUAACUUCAAUUUCACGAUCUUGUGUUUCUUCACAUUCCUUGCGCUCGGUGGAACUGACUUCAUUAUUUGAAACAACCUGUACGUCGCUCAGUUUGAGAUUAUCUUGUGUAGUAUCUUCUUCAUCCGCUGUGAUGUCUUGUUGAAUCAACUCUGGCGCUUCUAUACCAGCACACUCGGAAUUUUUAGGCACUUCUAAAUGGAUAGCAUAAGUGCUUUUGGUAAUUGCGUAUGUAAUGUAAUUUCCCCAGGAGCUGGGAACACCGGGGAACCCAGUCGAAUAUUAUUUUACCUUCUGAAAGAAGUUGUUUUUGUCCUUCCAUUACAGAAGCAUGUGUGAGCAUCCACAGCUACACGUACAACUAAAGCAGAGAUCGAUCCUAUGAAGAGAUACUUGGUCGAUUAAUUCUAGCAACAUGGAGGACAAAGGUAAUCAGCUUAUCAAUUCGCUCGUUCUAGUUAUUUUGGUUGUGUUAGUAAAUAUGUAUUUGACUUUGUACUAGAACUAGUUCUACUAUAUUCCUUACUGACCUAGAACCUAUUAACAUUAUGUCAAAUACAGUAUCUUACACGAAACAACUUGUUGUGUAUAUCGGCCAUACAACUCUAGUACAAAAACCAUGACCAGCCGACAAUUUAAAAAGGUAAAUUAAUUAAUUACUGUAAAUUUUCGACUUUAUUUCAAAGUCAUCUUCAGACAGAAUGAAGACGACUUUGAAAGAUGACUUCUGAAGAUGACUUUGAUAUAAAGUCGAAAAUUUACAGUUUCAACUUGCGUCUUGUUUCCUCAUAUAUUUUGUAUUCUCAAAAUGUCUUGUCUUUUCGGAAUUUGUUUUUUACUUUACUCCAGUACAACUCUUCUCUGAAAGCUUGCCAUGCGCUGUAAUAUUUCGACUCUCCAGAUUUCUUCAUUCUUUUGACGUCCCAAAAUAAUAGCUCUAGGCGCGCCAAGCUUAUUUUCUGGGCGUAUUUCAUCGAUAAGUACUAGAGAUACCAUCCAUUCAUUUCAUUUACUCAAUACAUGAGCGUUUAGGUUAUCAAAACAACUCAAUUUAAUGACUUUUUUUCUCUGUCAUUUUCCAUACUCGCCUCUCCGGUGACAGACAGCCGUGUCCGUUUUACAUUGCAUUACAAAAAAAUAAAUGACAGACAGCCGUGUCCGUUUUACAUUGCAUUACAAGAAAAUAAAUUAAAUUAAACGUCCGUAGCGCAAAAUGCGCGUAUUCACAGCUAAGUAUAUAAAUAUAGCAACUGACCUUUGGAGUAUGAACUGAAUUAAACAAGCAUCGACUGAUAAAAACAAAAAUGUAAUUUGAUAUUAUGGAAAUCGUUAGGAUCUAAAUUGAAUGUUCUUGACAGUUUUUUUUUGCAUAACCCAUAAAUCAUAAUUUUGUAUUAAGAUUGCGAUUUUCAUAUGCUGUAGUCUUGGCCUCCAGGAAACUCGGUGAAAAACAGUGCAAAUUGUACGCAAUGUUUAGCAGAUUGAGGGAUGGUGACCCCAUCAUAGUCCCACUUGUUGCUUUUUUAAUUAAGUUGUCUAUGUUAAUAGGAUAAAAACAUCGUCCUGUCGGUACAAGAAAAUGGUAGGUUGCAAGAGCCAAUCAUACCCUGCAGCUGUCUUCGUGAUCAGCUACGAUUUAUAUUAUAUUAAAAUACUUUCAAAGCAUUUACCUUAUCUUCACAUACAGAAAUAUAGUUCCUAAUCUCGGCCUUAAUCAAAUUUACCACUUUAACCAAAUUUUAAACAACUCGUCUUAAAUUUCCAGCCACUUUUGGGUUAUUUACGCGAGUAAUAAUAAAUUAAGCACGGAUCUGCCAACGCGCAACCACAAUUAGACCCGAAAUGAAUUUUUUAUCUGGCGGCUAGGCUCAACACGCGGCUAAUGGAAGAUGAUAAUUGAUUUUCGUAUCAAAUAGGAGAAUUUUUAGCUCGGAAGAAAAUUUAUUCCAAAUGGCAACUAGUCGAAGGGUCAAACAAUUUUUAUUAGUGUUGAAGUAUUUUCUGUAUUUUUGAUGAGAUUUUUUACUGUUUUACUUGUAAACUGUCCGAGAGUUUUUCCAUGAACAAGAGAAAUGGCUUCAAGUGUUGGACAUGUGAAAGUAAAAUAAUAAUUAAAGUGAACAUCGUUCAUACACUUGAUCGAUACGGAAACGUAAGUGGAAGACAAGUUGAUAAUUAUUUUGCAUUAUGAAAUUUUUCAAAUUCCAUUCUCAGUUGGAUGUGCUAUAGAGAAUAUUAGCAAGGAAUUAGAAGUUUAUUUUUGGGGUUGGGGCGAAUUGCUUUUUAAAAUUUUUGUUUGAGCCAAUUCUUCAUUAAAAAUGUAAUGGCGGUCAAGAUUGUGUUGAAAUGUUUAAAGUGUAAUGGGUUUGAACUAAAUCGUUUCCUACGCACAAUAAGAUAAGUAUAAGAAGACCCAUAUCUUAUCAAAUAGAUUAAGAAAAAAGUUAAGCGUUAGACUGUAUAACUUAUAGCUCCUCAACCUUUUCCCAGCCAUAUACAAGACGACAAGUUAUUAGAAUCGAAAUGUUGUAUAUUUGAAGAUUUCCCUGGUUGGAUUAUAGAAGGCUGGGACGUGCCGUGGUAAAGGUAUUAAGAUCUUCUUAAUUAACCCAUCCCGGCUGUUUUUUCGUAGAACAGUACUUGAACAUAAAGGAUUAGCAAUAAUCUUGACACUAUCUCCUGUAUAUAUAUGUUCAUCUCCUCUUAACCGCACUCGACCUUUCUGAGUGCGCAGUAUAUUGAAGGACCUCUUUUAUGAUGACGCGAAUUGGUGGGUUUUGUUGCCAGGCAAUUGUGCUUCGCUAUUCAGAAUGUAUUUAUAUUUCAAUCAUAAGAUGACAUUCAGAUAUAGAAUAAGGUACUAGCGUGCAUAAAUUUGCGCAUCGAAUACAUCAAGUCCAUUAGAUGAUACUACUAUCCCAGCAUUUGCGUUUUUCAAUAUUUUCCCACAUUAUUUAUGCUGGUCUAGUCAAAACUACUGCAUGUGGUUGCAGAGUGCAGACCAAACUGAAUCGCGCGUGACAAAAAACAGCUGAAGCAAAUUUCCUAUAAUUAUAAAAUUCAGUCCUCAGUUCUUCGUACUGUACAAUAAAUUAUGAAAUGGACAUCAAUACUCACUUCAAACCUUUUGCUCUUUCCGAAGUCUAUUUUGAAAUCACACUAAACUUCGUGGUAUCUUUUUAAAUGGUCUAUUCUUGUUUACUCCAAAGCAGCUUCGGGCAUACAGCGAUGAAACACAACACUAUAUGAGUCUGUGGCCAGUAACAUUCCUCGCAUCCCCCUACCAGCUGUGAAGCACUGUUGGACAAAAUUGUAAAAUACGAAGGUAACCAAGUCUUUGGUGUGUCGUUUGAAGUCAAAUUCAGUGUUUGAAUAUAUUGCGUCGUCUCACGAAGCAGCGUAUUAUGCGCGCAUGAAGUGACGCACUAUAUGUUAUCUUCUAAGUGGUUAAUUUUGGCUUUUGAGCUUUGGGUCGAUGCCUCUUAGAUAAUUUGAUUUCGCUUGUCAACACUGCCUAACUCAUUAAUAGUUCUUGAUUGACUUCACUUGCGGUGCAUCAACAUUUGAAAAAUCACUAACUGCCCACGGUGGGUUGAACCAGUAGCUUGUACGUAAUCAGUAAUAGGAAGUUUAAGCUUCACGUUUGUGGGAACGCCAAACGACAGUCGAAUUUUGUUGUCAGGAUUUUUGCUCAACUUCUUCGCUUCAUCUUCUUCUUAAUCUCGAAAGAAUGAGUUGAUUUCCCAUUUAUUACCUUGUGGCGUAUUUUUUCUCUUCCCCUGGCAUUUGCCGUUUGAACUCGAAAUUGGCCUUUUGUUCGAUUAGACUUUUCCAUUUUAUCUUCGAUCAUUCUUUCCAAAUUUAACGAAAUAUUUUUAUUUAAUUAAAUCCGAAAUUAUUAAGGUACAGUUUUGGUUAAUUAAAUUGAAUUUUCUUGUAAAUAUAUGUGCAUUUUCAUUGAUUAACAAAUUAUUUUAUUGGCUUGAAUAUUACAUAUCAAUUACAUUUUGCGAUGUAUCCGCUCACAAAGCUGAAAGAUGUAUCUUUCCACAGCUGAAAGAUCAGAUGUAAAUGGCUUAAUUAAAAACGUGCCAUUUUGCCCAUAUUGAAAUAUUACAGUAGUCCGGGUGACGUUUAGAGAUCAGUGGAUAACCAUGAGCAUACCGGAAAUAAGAUGUCAUUGAGAAUCAUUCCUUUUCCGGUUUGGAGUAAAAUUGUUUUGGAAUUUUUGUUUUGACUACAAAUUUCGACGUUUAAUUAAACAUGUUACCGAGAUUUUUUCCUACUAGUAAGUAAUUUUAAUCCUAAAGUAAAAUGUAUAUUUGGCUAUUGUGUGAUUAUUUACAUACUUAUGUCGUUAUUUAGGGCUGAAAAAAGCUGCUUCGUCUUUGCUGCACAAAAGUUGGAAGUGUUCUGCUCAAAAUCAUGCCCACGUGAAGUAUCUGGCCGCACAGCGCAGUACUUUUGGAAAGAUUAGAUAUCUUAAUACCUCUUGUGCUUUAGAUACUGACAAAGAAAGCGAAAAUGAGAGGUAAAGUAUUGAAAUUUAGAUUGAUAUGUACAUAAGUGAUAAAUACAUUUAAUAUUAAUAAAGUUAUAUAAGUAACUCUUUACAUAAUAUGUUAAUAAUUUAUCGAUGGGCUAGAUUAUUAAAGUGGAAAAUUUAGGUGCAGUUUAUGUUAAUUUUUUGCAUGAGCUGAGCUGUGCCAAGAUUUUUCAUCAUGUUUUCAUAUUUUUUUGAAAAUUAGUCUGCCGGCAGUGCCAAAAUGAAAAUUGGUCUGGCCAGUUUUUAAAUUGUAUGGGCUAUGGGGGCAAAGUAAGCAAAGCGCCAAAGCCUGCUUGAAGAAAUCAUGUGUGGGAGAUACAAGAUUCUGGCAUCACAGGACUGAGGACAUAACACAUUGCUUAUAUUGACUAUAAAUAUGAACAUGUUGAAUCAUAUGAGUCUUAUGAUACAAAUGGUACUCAUUUCUCUGCUUUGUAGAAGUUCCAAAAAAGCAAAGACUGGAAUAAUGUUGGUCAAUAUGGGUGGACCAAGUACGUUGGAUGAAGUUCAUGAUUUUCUGUUUCGUUUGUUCUCUGAUAAAGACCUUAUUCCACUCCCUGCUCAGAGGUAAGGAAAGAUUGAUUAUGACUGGCUGAUUGACAGACUGACCGACCAACUAACAAACUGACUAACUUACUUAUCCACUGAUCAUGCAACCAACCGACGGACCAACCCAUUUACCAACUGACCAAUAGACAGACCUGAUUACCCAUUGACCAACCAACCAAUAGACAGAUCAACCCAUUGACCAACCAACCAAUAGACAGACCAACCCAUUGACCAACCAACCAAUAGACAGACCAACCCAUUGACCAACCAACCAAUAGACAGAUCAACCCAAUUUGACCAACCAACCACAUAGGGGCUUCGGUGGCCAAGUGGUUAGCACACUUGCCUUUCACCUCUGAGGCUGCAGGUCCGAGUCUCACUAAGUACCUUCUCAGUGCGACCCGAACCCAGUCCCCAUGUGAAAAGAGUAAAAGUCAACGCUCUGCCGAAAGCCGCGGGUUUUCCCCGGGUACUCCGGUUUCCUCCCACAGGGAAAGUUGACAGGGUGGGUUAGGUAAAAAAAAGGGCCCACAGUAAUUGGCAUAUGCUGUUGUGGUGACCCUGCCCUAGUUCGCAAAGCUAAAUAAAUAAAUAAAUAAACCAAUAGACAGAUCAACUCAUUGACCAACCAAACAAUAGACAGAUCAACCAAUUGACCAACCAACCAAUAACAGAUCAACCCAUUGACCGACCGACCAAUAGACAGAUCAACCCAUUGACCGACCGACCAAUAGACGGACCAACCCAUUGACCGACCAACCAAUAGAUGGACCAACCCAUUGACCAACCAACCAAUAGAUGGACCAACCCAUUGACUGACUGACCAACUGACAUAGUGAUCCAUUAACCGACUGACCAACUGACAGACCAACCCAUUGACUGCCAACUGGCCCACUGACCUGACUGACUUCAUCCAUUGACUUCAUGAUAUGACUGGUUGAACAACCAACUGGCUCAAAUAAACACACAAGUCGACAAUAAAACAAAUAAAAUAUGUUACGGACAAAUACGAGCAUAAUUUUACCACUGACAUUUUUAUCCUUGAAGUCGGUUAGCUCCAUGGAUUGCAAAAAGAAGAACACCAACAAUAAAAGAACAAUACAGUAAGAUUGGCGGAGGAUCGCCCAUCAGAAAAUGGACAGAAAAACAAGGGCAUGAAAUGAUCAAACUGCUUGAUGAAAUAAGCCCUGAAACUGGUAAGUUUGUUCUUUCUUGAUCAUUUGGUGCGCAUGCAGAUAUCAAUAAUAGUUUCUGUAUGUUGCAGCUCCACAUAAGUGUUACAUUGGAUUUCGUUAUGCUGACCCACUCACAGAAGAUACUUUGGAAGAGAUUGAAAAGUAAGCAUAGGUAAAUUUUAUGUUCUUAAUUAAUUUACAGGGUGCAUGAUCAACUGGAGGCAGUUCCUGUUUUUGCUGGAAUGUGUCUGAAACAUUUGCUUUAACUCGAAGCAGACAAAGUUUAACCCAAUGAGUCGCAAUGUGCCCCCCCCAACUUGUCUGACGCCAGAUGAUUUUACUCGUCAAUGAGGCAGCUCUGCAGCUUAUUAUGGGUCAACCCAGUAAAAUUGUCUGCUAGCUGUUUUGAUUAAGUUAUACAUACCAGUACAGUAUCUAUGCCUUGACUCCUGUAUGCAUUCAAACGAAAUUUGGAAAGUGUCUAUUCAAAUCUGAUUUUAUAUAUUUUCUUUUCAUAUACCGUACAUACUUUACAUUAAGGCCUGUAUCAAAUAAUCUUUAGGGAUGGUUUGGAUAGAGUUGUCGCUUUCACCCAGUACCCUCAAUAUUCUUGCUCGACUACUGGGAGCAGUUUGAAUGCAAUAUAUCGUUUUUACAAGAACAGAAACAUGGAGUCUAAUGUGAAGUGGAGUGUUAUUGAUAGAUGGCCCACCCACCCAGGUCUUAUUGAGGUAAAGUGGAACUCUGAAAUCAAUUUGUUGUGAGUGAGCCAGUAAUUCAGUCAGGCCUGCAGGUUAAUUGAGAGGUCAUAGGCUAUAGUUUAAGGCAAGCCAUAGAUAUUCGGACAAUACACAAUUAUUGGACGAGGUUGAGCAAAAUAUCAUGAGCCACUGUCUGAAAAUUUAACAAGCCAUGUUUAUACUUUUGUGUUUACUUGAAUUGCUUUUCAAAAAUCUUAAAUGUGCAUGGCAUUGCAUAAAUCAAUAUUUUGCAAUUGAGAAUUGAUUUCAAAAGUGUGCAUGCUCAGACCAUUAUUUGCACCUGCAGUUAUUUGCAGCUGACGUAUAAUUCUCACCAGUUAUUUCUAGGAAAAUUAGCCAAUCAACGUGGAUUGAGAAAAUGAAUAAGGAAAUGAUAAUAAAAUUUAUUGUCAGUAAUUUAAUUGUUUGUCUAUUUGUUUUUACAGGCGUUUGCAGGAAGCAUAAAAAACGAGUUGGAAAAGUUUCCAGAAACUGCACAAAAUGAAGUUGUGAUCCUUUUCUCAGCCCAUUCUUUGCCAAUGUCGGUAUGUACAGUAAUUCCCCCCUUUGCUGACCAUAUGGUUGCCUUGUGGUCCCCCCUCAAAACUAGUUGUUUUGAUGAAAGAAAUUGUUUUCGACAAUUUUCUGAACGUUUGGAGUAGAUUGGGGCAUUUUUAAUUUUUUUAAAAAAUUUAAGUCGAUUACCUUUUUUUUAUACAUGCUGUACAGGUUGUAAACAGAGGAGAUUCUUACCCUGCGGAGGUCGCUGCAAGUGUACAUGGAGUUAUGGAAAAACUGGAGUGGAGUAACCCGUACAGAGUUGUGUGGCAGUCAAAGGUGUGUGCUUUCUGCAAUAUACUAGUAGAUGGCUAUGCUAGUAUUUAUUGUGUGAUCCAGUGAAAGUUGUCUGAUACAAUAGGCUUCUGUGACACGAUCAUCAGAGAUUGCGCCUUUACACAGAGUUUGCGUGGGUCCAAUUCUUGAUGAUGUGGACAAUGUGACAUGUCAUGUGAAAAGAUUCUGUCAGUUAUGCUCUACCAAAAGUUAAGUGGGUUCUCUCUGUGUGUACUCUUCUUUCCUCUAGGGAAGGUUCUCAGGGUGGGUUAGGAUUAGACCUUCACUGACUGUUCUGCCAGAGGUGCCCUUAGAAACCAUUCAACUCAGUUAGUUGAGCUGCUUCGUUUGCAAUUCAGCUUAUAGUUCUCACCUGCAAGUAAGGAUGAUACUUGUCAAAUGUUACUACUGUACAAGAGUAUACAUUAGUUGAUUACCCAACUCGUGAAACAACUGUCGGUCAAAUAAUUAGCAUUGUACAUACAGUAUGAUUACCAAGACACAUUGUGGCACGUACGUACAACUCACAUGUUGGUAGUAUACCUCUUUAUCUUGUUUAGGUUGGUCCUCUUCCCUGGCUAGGCCCAUCAACAGAAGAAGCGAUCAAGGGUCUGUGUAAGAAUGGCCAGAAAUAUAUGUUGCUUGUUCCAAUUGCAUUUACCUCGGAUCACAUUGAAACACUUUAUGAAUUGGAUAUUGAAUAUAUGGAAGAAACUGCACAAAAAGUAUGUAGUUCAUUAAUAAUAGGGAGGGAGGCUUACUAGAGAAGGGGUCUUAAUGAGGAGUGGGAUUAAAGUUUGGUUUGGGGUAAUUAAUAGAGAGGGAGGCUAAUUAAUAGAGAGGGAGACUAAUUAAUAGAGAGAGGGGCUAAUUAAUAGAGAGAGGGGCUAAUUAAUAAAGAGGGAGGCUAACUAAUAGAGAAGGAGGCUAAUUAAUAGAGAGGGAGACUAAUUAAUAGAUAAUAGAGAGGGAGGCUAAUUAAUAGAUAAUUAGUAGAGACAGAGUCUAAUUAAUAGAGAGGUAGUCUAAUUAAUAGAUAAUUAAUAGAGAGGUAGUGCUAAUUAAUAUAAUUAAUAGAGAGGGAGACUAAUUAAUAAAUUAAUAUAGAGGGGCUAAUUAAUAGUAAUUAAUAGAGAGGGGGCUAAUUAAUAGAGAGGGGGCUAAUUAAUAGAGAGGGAGGCUAAUUAAUAGAGAGGGAGGCUAAUUAAUAGAGAGGGAGGCUAAUUAAUAGAGAGGGAGGCUAAUUAAUAGAGAGGGAGGCUAAUUAAUAGAGAGGGAGGCUAAUUAAUAGAGACAGCCUCAAUAGGGAGAGGAUGUAAUGAUUUUUUCCUCCAACAACGGGUGUAAUUAGAGAGAGAGAGCUAUACCAGACAGUUUAUGGAUUAAUUUGAUUAAAGUACAAUAUUUUUGUUGUCAGGCUGGAGUGGAAAUGAUCAGACGUGCUGCUAGUUUAAACGAUAAUCCCAUAUUUAUUAAGGUUUGUAUUUACCAAUAUAUUUCUAUGUAGUCGUUAUUUGUGUCAGAAUGAGGCUUGAAGCUUUGAGAUUUGUACUUAAAUUUAAGUUGUUAAUUAACUAAUAUGUUAUUUCAAAAUUUAGGCCAUGGCCGACAUUGUCAAGUCGCAUUUGGAAUCGAAAGCUGUUUGUUCUACUCAGUUACCAUUGCGAUGUCCUAUGUGUGUGAACAUUACCUGUAACGAGACAAAAGAAUUUUUUAGGAAUCAGAAAAUUAAAUGACAUCCAGCUAUAUGUAUAAAUAAAUGCAAAUUUGUGCUUCUGUCUCAGGACUAACUUUUUCCUUAUGAUGAGCCCCCCCCCCGCCCCCCUCCUUUUUUUGCCCAUCCCCCAUUGUUUUUCCACUAAACAUUUGCCAUUCUGCCCAUGCACUUUUUUCCACUACAAUGUUUCCCAUUUUCCUGAUCCCCCCUUUUUUCCACAAAAAAUUCCCAUUUCCCCCCUCCUUAUUUCCCCCAAUAUUUUCAGCUUAAAAAUUACCAAUUUUCCUUCCACCUUUCCCCCACUUUUUUAUCCCUACGGAGGUCCCUCACUCGAAACGUUGAAGAAAACUAGUAUUUUUCAAGUUGUUUAUCCCUCUCAAUCUGCACGACUGCAGCUUGCUGGUGACUAGUACUAUUGAUUAUAUUUAUGUCACCAAAGUGUAAAUGUAUAUAAAUGUAUCAAGUGUUGAAAUUUGUCAUAUUGAAAAUAAUAUUCUGAUAGAUAAAAUUAGAAUGAAAUUGUAAAAUAUAGAAAAUUAAAUGGUGAAUAAAUCUUGCCAAUAUUGUAAAUUAUUCAUUACUCUUUCUAAAGUCAAAGAAAUUAAUCGCAUGGACGACCUCUCCAACCGUAUAUUCAUUCUUCAGUAUAUCACUGCCAUCUUGAAAACACGUUUUUUUUUCGUUCCGGAUUUUAAAGAUUCCGGUCUUUUCCAUUCCUGAUUUUAAAUAUUCU